AGGCAAAUUGGCCCCCAGAGGAGACAACACUUAGAUAAUUGCUAUAAAGGCAAAUGCUAGAGCUAGAAUUCUAAUGAGAAGAGGUGACACCUCGAGACAGCAGGGAGGCUACUAGACAUCCCAGCUCUGCCCUGUAAAGGAAAGCUGCCUGGUCCCCCAGCUGGGAACCAUGGUAGCUGGCGCUCACCUUCCCCUGGGGGCUUAGGAAGUCAUCUUUGGGCAGGAAAGCCAGAGAGCGAGGGAGUGCUGCAGAAGGGGCAUUUGUCCCUCCUGUUCCUACUCCUCCUCCGUAGUGCCCUUCCCUAACUGGCAGACUUGACCGGAAUGGGUUUAGGGGAUGCACAUCGGUGAGUUUACAGAAAGUCAGCAAGGGGAUGCCUGGAGGGCUGGGGAGGUAGGAAGUUUGAGUUUAGGAGAAAUCACAGCACCCGGAGCUGAGGACCACAGAUGCUGCCCAUUUGGAAAGAAGCUUCUUCCCGAGUCCUGAUGGUCUAGAUUCCUCCAGCCCUGUACAGGAAACCCAAAGGAGCCCAGGUGGCAGUGGGGAGCAGUCACCACCACCAGGCCCGAAGGCCGAGGAGGGCUCUGAGGCUGUGCUCCCCAGGCACAGGAGCGUGUUCCACAUCGAGUGGUCGUCCAUUCGGAGGAGGAGCAAAGUGUUUGGAAAAAGCGAACACCAGGAGAGACAAGCCAAAGAGCCAUUUCCCUAUCCAUACCGGAAGCCCACCAUUGAGCUGCUUGAUCUAAACACCAUGGAGGAGAGCUCCGAGAUUAAGGUAGAAACCAGCACGUCCAGGACUUCCUGGAUCCAGAGCUCCAUGGCCGCCAGCGGGAAGAGGGUCAGCAAAGCCCUCAGCUACAUCACGGGAGAGAUGAAGGAAUGCGGAGAGAGACUUAAAGACAAAUCCCCAGUGUUCCAGUUUCUGGACUGGGUGCUGCGGGGCACGUCUCAGGUGAUGUUCGUGAACAACCCCCUCAGCGGCAUCCUCAUCGUCCUUGGCCUCUUCAUCCAGAACCCCUGGUGGGCCAUCUCGGGUUGCCUGGGCACCAUUGUGUCCACCUUGACAGCCCUCAUCCUGAGCCAGGACAGGUCAGCAAUUGCAGCAGGACUCCAUGGCUACAACGGAGUGCUGGUGGGGCUGCUGAUGGCAGUGUUCUCAGACAAAGGCGACUAUUACUGGUGGCUUCUGCUCCCUGUCAUCAUCAUGUCCAUGUCUUGCCCCAUCCUCUCCAGUGCGCUGAGCACCAUCUUCAGCAAGUGGGACCUGCCAGUCUUCACGCUGCCCUUCAACAUUGCCGUGACCCUGUACCUGGCAGCCACAGGCCACUACAACCUCUUCUUCCCCACGAUGCUGCUACAGCCUGCAUCCUCUGUGCCCAACAUCACCUGGUCGGAGGUCCAGGUGCCCUUGCUUUUGAGAGCCAUCCCCGUUGGGAUCGGCCAAGUGUACGGCUGCGAUAACCCCUGGACCGGAGGCAUUUUCCUCGUGGCCCUGUUCAUAUCCUCACCUCUCAUUUGCUUACACGCAGCAAUCGGAUCCACCAUGGGGAUGUUAGCAGCGCUCAGCAUUGCCACGCCCUUUGACGCCAUCUACUUCGGCCUGUGUGGCUUCAACAGCACUCUGGCGUGCAUCGCCAUCGGAGGCAUGUUCUACGUCAUCACCUGGCAGACGCACCUCCUGGCCAUUGCCUGUGCACUGUUUGCAGCCUACCUGGGGACUGCCCUGGCCAACAUGUUAUCUGUGUUUGGAUUACCACCCUGCACCUGGCCCUUCUGCCUCUCAGCGCUCACCUUCUUGCUCCUGACCACCAACAACCCCGCCAUCUACAGGCUCCCGCUCAGCAAGGUCACCUACCCAGAGGCCAACCGCACCUAUUACCUGUCCCAGGAGAGAAACAGAAGAGUAUCCACCACAACCAAGUACCAGGCCUACGAUGUCUCCUAAGUGGCCCUUUCCAGCAGGCUACCUGUGUCCCCAGGCUAAAGGUCACUUAACCUCCCCUCUGUCUGUUCUGUGAUUCUCCCUGCCAAGCACAGACCAAAAUGUGUGCGGACACCUUCAGGAGCCUCCCUAAGAUGCACGACACUUGUCCACAACAUGUUAGUUUAGACUUGACACCCACGGCUGGCUCUAUUGGCCCAAGAGCUCCCCUUGCGGGGAACUUGCUGUCUUCUGCAAAAUAAGCCUCAUCCUUAAAGAGAGGUCACCCAGAAGGGACAGAGAUGGGUGACAUGAUCACCCAGCACAGUCAUUUAAUGUAGCAAAGCACAGUCCCGGGAAAUGUUCAUUAGCCUGGAAAGCCAGAGGCCUGAUCCCCUCCCAGCUGUGCCACUAAUGACCCCCAACUGUCUCAGGCUCAAUUUCUUGUUGACAAGGGUUUCUUUAUGACAGGGAGGGACUCUAAAAUCUCUUCCACCUCACAAGUGUUGAUUCUUCACUGUCUCCUAUAAACUGAUCAAAUUAGCAUGACCGGCAAGUAUUACCUUAGGUUAAAUAAUAGAAGCAGCAGCAGGACAGCGCUACGGCUCUCCAGAGCUUGACUCUCAGAUUAGAGAAGUUCUCCAGAUUUGAGGUUAGGAACCUACUUUCACCAGAAUUGCCAACUGCCUUUCCUGACAUAACAGAAAUAUUUCUGGAGAUGUCAUAAGAUGAUCUCUUGCAACACUUGAAUCACAACAUAAAGAAGUGUCUUUCCUUUUGUAAAAUUCACAAUCAUAAAGUCAUUAAACUGCUCUAACAUUGUGAGUUGGAA